AUGAACGACUCAAUUAGCAGCCCAAUCAAGGCCACAUGCAGAGACAUGGCCUUAAAAAGCAGCCUGCACUCCUUCACCUUCAGCUUAAAAGACUUUGACAUAGCUGGAUUUUUAGGGGAUGGGGCACAUGGUAGCGUUUUCUUAGCUUGUGAAAGGAGGACAAACUUUAUUUGCGUGUUGAAGUGUAUAUCGAAGUCUCAUCUAGUUAAGAGUACACAGGAAGCAUUGCUAAGGAAGGAAAUAGAAUUGCAGGCUCAUUUAAAACACCCACAUAUAGCAUGCAUGUACACGUGGUUUCACACGAACAGUCAUGUAUUUUUCGUUAUGGAAUAUUGUUCGAAUGGCGAUUUGUUUACGUAUUUGAAUGAACAUGGACCUUUUGCUGAAAAAAAAGUAGCUGAGAUGCUAUUUGAAAUAAUAUGGGCUAUAAGGACAUGCCAUGAUAAAAGAAUAGCACAUUUGGAUUUGAAACCAGAAAAUGUAUUAGUGAAUCAUGAAGAAAAAUGUAAGCUAGCUGAUUUUGGUUUAUCAGCACAUAUAGGAUCAAAACAUAAAAAAAAAGGAAUAUCCCAUUAUAGAGGAACACAUGAUUAUUGGUCUCCUGAACAAUGUGCAAGGCAUCAAAAAAAGAAACAAAAUUUUGGUGAAUUUGAUCAAAAAACAGAUAUAUGGACCCUUGGAAUUUUAGCUUUUGAAUUGAAAUUUGGUAGACCUCCAUUUGGUUCAACAAAUGAAGAAAGAGAAAAUAUUAUCAUGAAUAGAAUACAGGAUUAUCAUUGGAGUCAAUUGUUUUGUGAAAAUGUAAAACAAGAUUUAAUAGAUAAAUUAUCACCAGAAUUUAAAGAUUUUUUAAAUUUAUGUUUAGACAAAAAUCCAAAAAAAAGACCUACUGCCGAAUCACUUAUUCAACAUCCCUUUAUUUUUGUUCAUAAUAAAAAUAGACCAUGUAUUAAAUCCUAUGCUACUCAACCUAGAGGUAAGCAAGGACCUAAACUAAGUCAUAAGGGUUUUAAUGAGCAGGAUGGAUCUUUCCUUACACCCAUUUGGUUUCACAAUAAAUGA